AUGAAACUGGUGGGAGAUGACGAUCCAAGAAAAGUAAGUCGUUCCCCCCCCCCAUGCGUAAAUUACUUAUGGAAUGUACUGCCAGAAGGAUAUGGUGAUGCUCACAAAUUGUAGAGUUGUUGUUUUUUAAAUUGAUUAUGGUUCCAUGACAUAAGAUUCUAAAAACCACAAUUUAGCACAAAAAUUGGCAUGCUGAACCACAUCGAGUUUGAUCCUAGUCUUACGUCUCCAGUUUCCAUUAGAAUUGCCCCCCAAAAUAAAGCCUUGGUCAAUCAGACCAAACAUCCUCCUAUUUUAGCAUUGCACUUUACGUGGUGGUCAAUCUUGAUACCACAAGGAAAUCCAAAAUGACGCUUCAUGGCAAUCUCUGCCCCUUGCAUGUUUGCUUCCGAGCACCAUACCGCUUCCAAAAUCAGGAUGCUCCAUAAAGCUGUCAUGACUAAAAUGUAAAAUUUCGUCCCUUAAUUUGCCAUUAAAGCCACUGUGACCUUUCAAAUCAUUUGUCAUGUCAAAUAUUCCAUAAGAAGUAAUAUCAGUGAAGGUUCCCCUUGUUACAGCAGAGAUGGCAAAUCACAGAAUGAAGAAGAGCCAUAGUCCUGUUUCUGGUUUUCAGGAAACUUUUUUAAAAAAUGAAAUAUAUCCUUUCGUUAUUUAUUUGUUAUUUAUGAAUGAAAACGUUUUUAUAUCACCCUUCAUCUGCUUUGGAUUCAAGGUAGCUUAUUAAUAUAUAAAAUAUACUAUUAGCAGAUGCCUGCUGCCAAGAAGAUUGCAUCACUGGCACCAGACACACAGGGAUGUUUCACAAGAAAGGGAAAUUCCACAAAUCACAGUAAGUAUAAGAAACCCACCCAGCACAUGUAUCACAAGGUACUGAAAUUAUUCCUUGCCAAGGGCUUUGAAUCUAUGCCAUGAGUAGGCAAACUAAGGCCCGGGGGCCGGAUCCGGCCCAAUCGCCUUCUAAAUCUGGCCCGCAGACAUUCCAGGAAUCAGCAUAUUUUUACAUGAGUAGAAUGUGUGUUUUUAUUUAAACUGCAUCUGGGUUAUUUGUGGGGCAUAGGAAUUUGUUCAAUUUCCCCCCCCAAAUAUAGUCCGGCCCCCCCACAAGGUCUGAGGGACAGUGGACCGGCCCCCUGCUGAAAAAGUUUGCUGACCCCUGGUCUAUGCUACUGCAGCAAAACCCAAGUAAUCGAUGGCCAGUUUUGCUGGUUUUUGAGAAAACUCCCGGAUACAGCUUUUACACCCUUGACCAUUCUGUAUAAUUUAAAUUUUGUUUUCUUGUUUGAGCCAUGCUAUUGCUUGGACUCCACUUCCUAUAAUCCAUAGCUUCCAGCAUGAUGUGAAUGACUUUAACCUCUUCAUUUUAGGAUUUGUGCUGCUACUUGAACAUCUGGCAGAAAUAAAAUUCUUUCCUAUGCUGUUCUUUUAGUGAUGGUGAUGAUGAUAAUGUAUUAUUUGUACUCCGCCCAUCUGGCUGGGUUGCCCCAGCCACUCUGGGUGGCUUCCAACAUAAUGAUAGUGUUUCCGUAGUAACUGCAGGUGAUGUGCAGCUAUGUGCAGAUCUACUAUUCCAGAGCCACAGUUAAGAUGCAUUCAAGGUGGCACUAAAAUAGAAGGUAUGAGGGGAUACAGUGUGAUCCCUUCUUUACCUACCUACCUACCUACCAUGAAGAGAGCCUCUAUGUAAACCAGGCUCUGGUUUUUUAGAAGGAAAAUUAACAUAGGUAACCUUAGUCUCUAUAACAGGACAGUCGUUGGAAGGGCAAGUUAUAUAGGUAACAUUUUGAUUGUGCUAUAAAUAAUACAAGAAUACAACAGAGCUUAUAAUAUGAAUGCAUUUUCAUUUGUUUUGAUAUCCUGUAUGAGAAUGCUAAUCUAUGUUGCAGCUGCAUACCUAUAAUAGUGUGUGAGUUCGUAUGUGCUCUUGUUGAGCUCUUGUGUUUCGAUAAACAUUUAUGUUUGAAAUCUUUUAUCAUGUAGUGAACAAUUUAGUCUCCUGCUAGCCACGUCCCAGACCCAAUGCCCUAUUUUUGAUGCAAUGUACACACACAGAACUUCUCACACGGAAGGGCUACCUGUAUCCCUUUGUGGUCACAGUUCACUGCUUCAUUGAAAUGAAUGGGAAACCACUAUGAACAGAAGGAGAAAUGGUUUAGGGCUUAAGCUUCUGGUCUUGAGUCUCCACAACUCCUUUUCAGAUACCUGCUACUGGGCAGUGGCUAGGCUUUAUACCCUUUAAUGCCCUUUUCUUCUGGAGCAAAUUCAAAAGGCUGGCUACAUUUUUGCACCUUAAAUAUAGUUGCAAGGAAGGGAAAAUGAAAUAAUAAAUAUGCAACUGAUCCACUUGCAGCAUAAGCCUCUGCUUGUCUACUCAAUGGGUCUUGCUCCCAGGUAAGUGUAGAAUUGCAGCCUUGAUGUGUCACCAGAUAAAUUGAUCAGCCAACCCAAUAAAUGGUGCAUCUUGGCUAGUGAGGUGCUGAAAAUUGAACUAGGCAGUAUUCGAAGUCCAGCUGUCUGCCGUUUCAGCCUUUGCUUCUUGGCACCUUGCUGUGAACUUCUGUAGCUCUGUCUAUCAUUCCCAAACUUAGGCUCCUGGAUAUUGCUACAAGCACAUACACAGUUUCCAAGAAUAUCAGGAUUAGGAAAUAUGGUUCCUGUGGUUUCCGACAUCCCCAGAAAGGGCACCAGGAACCUUUUCGCAGUGAGGGGUCACUAGUAUCCUUAAAGACACCAGGAACCAUGGGAAGUACAUUUCCAAAGGUUCUUAGUCUUGAGUGUCUAGGGUUUAAUGGCAUUCUGACUUGCGAGCCUUUGCUACUGCCAUGCAUAGUCAAGUUUGGAAAUGAGGAAUGCAUGUGUGUCUUUUGGGGCUUUCAUUGCAGGGUUUGAAGGCAGCAAACCUCUAGCUCUUCCUACAAUCCCAAUUACAACAUUGGCAUAGGCUCUUAAUUAGAAAUAAACAUUUGUUUUAAAAUUAUUUUUAAAUAAUGUUUUUUGUUUGUUUGUUUGUUUGAAUGGUGCCCAUUCCAUGUUGAGUUUUUGGAAAUCUGUCCACCAUUGAUCCUGGGUGUUUUCACAACACAAAUAUUUGCGAUUAAGAGUGUCAUGGAGCAUUCCUUUUUUUUUUUUAACAAAGAACCACCACAAAUGCAGGAAAAAUGCCUAUAAACACAGGAAUAUUUACAAAUAACAGAAUAUUUAUUACCAAUAACUAUAAAAAAGAUUACAUCUGCUAGAUCACUGAUAAAUAUCAUUUACACUGGGGAGAAAAACUACAAGGCUUUUUUUCUUUCAUUUUCUUACUUUUGUGGGUUUUUUUGUUUUGUUUUUGUUUUUACAUAGAAGUAACCAUAUCAAACUAAGAAAGGAACACAGCUUGAAAUACUGACAAUAUUUCUCUGGUUAACACCCCUGACUUACACAAGUGGAAUCCUGAUUAUGAGUUACUUAAUAAAUAUAUUUUGAAAGUAGUUUAAAAGUUAGCUUGUAUUGUUCUGGAAGCAAAACAGACAAGUUACAGGCAAAUUUAAACUAUCAGGAAGAACAAAUUAUAAACCUCUGCAGUGCAUUUUUUUUUUUAAUUUGGGGAAAAGAAUGAACAGAAAGCUUCAUUCAUGUCUUAAUUAUUAUUGUUCCAUCUGAGCAUAUGUACAAAAUUUUACCCCAGUAACAAAUAAAUCUUUUGUAUUAAUAUAUUUUUUCUUUUUAAAUUCUGGGCAUGGUUCAUAUACCUUCCCAGACUCUGGUGAACACAUGGAGUGGAGCAUGGAUGGAGCUCUGCAUGUGCAAGCUUGUGCAGAAGUUCAUAUGUUCUUCAUUGAGAACCAGUAUGCACACCCAAGUCAGUGGAGAUAG